AUGAACCCUAGAUAUAUCAAACGGCUCCAAGAGAAGGGGUGGAAGCGUUUCAGCGAAGAGAGGGUUCUGAAGGCUAUGAGACCUGAACUUGCAAAGAAGGUUGAUGACGCUCUUGAGAACAUUUCCAACACGUUUACACGCGUUUUUGGAAUGAGUUAUGAGUUUCAUUCCAACGUGGACAUCCUCCAGACACCAGAGGUCAUCAUGUUGCAUGAGCUCAUGCAUACUCAUCCUGGGGGAAACGCAGUAGACCAACCCAAGGACAAAUGUUACCUGUGGCAGAAUAUUUUGCGAAUCCGGAACGAGAAGAAUGCAGACAGUCUUGCAUACUUAGGUCUCGUAAUUCAGUUGAUCACCAAGUUCAACGUUGACGUCACCAAGGAAGGGGAGGUGAAAGGUAUCGAUGGGUGA